AUGUGCAUUCAAAACACUGCUCUAACACCGCGUACCUUCGAUGGUUGUCUUUAUACGGGUUACAUCGGUGUCGCAUGGGCUGCUUUGUAUGUUGCUAAACAUGAAGUCACACCUGAAAUCAAAAAAUACUUGUUGGAAAAAUCUACUAAUUAUGUGGAUACUGCUUUAUCUCACUCAAAUGUUAUCAGUAAUAAAGAUUCACGAAGUAAGGAGGACCUACUAUCUUUUCUUCUUGGUCAGGCUGGCGUUUGGCUGACUGCCAUCACUCUGUAUCAGUAUUUAGGUGAUCAGGAAAAGCGUGAUGCAUUUAUUGGGAAAUAUGCUGAAUUGACCGAUUACUACAGACCACAAGUUAUAUUUCAACAAGGUUCAGAUGAAAUGUUUAUUGGUAGAGCGGGUUAUCUGAUUGGAAUUGCUACGCUUCGACGGGUUACAAACCAGGUCAUUGUAUCGAAUACAAAGAUAUAUGAUAUUUGCAAUGCUAUAAUUAAUUCUGGACAAGCAUAUUCUUCGAGUCAUCGUAGUCAGUGUCCACUGAUGUACGCCUACUAUGAAACAGAAUACCUUGGUACGAGGUCCUCGUAGCUCAGUUGGCAGAACAUCGAGUCGGAAACACGGUGGUCGCUGGUUCAAAUCCGGCCGCGGUCCAAAUUUUCAUUUCACCUUCAACUAUCACCCAGUAUAAAUACUAGUCUGCCAAAUUACGGCUAUCUCAGAUGGUCAAAUGAUAAUGAACAAACAAUAAGUAUUUUGUAUAUGAACGAUGAUCAAAAUUUCACUGAGUAGUAUCGCAACUAUUGAGUCCUGAGUAAAAGUUGAAACUAGAUAUAGCUUGUAUUUGUGUAAGUCACACCGUGUUUGAAAUGAAAUAAUUCCAUCUUCUUACUUGCAAAUCUGUUCCAAGGUUUUUCAGGGAAAUAGGUGAAAAUCAAGGUAUAAAAGAUGUAUAAAUAAGUUAAAAACAUGCAUUUAAUCUCUUUAUCCUAUCCUCUUUACAUAGUCAUCGCCUUUCUAAAAUAUGAUUUUUAAUCAUUCAGUGUGAGAUUUUAUGUACAACAAGACACGUUUUUGGAUUUAUAUUUUAAUUUCACCUACUUCCCUGCAGAAGCUUGGAGCAGACUCGAGGGUGAAAAGUUUACAUUUUUUUAUGUCAAACAUGCUGUGACCUACACAAAUAUAGACCAUGUAUAAAUAAUAUAUUGAUAGGUAGGUUACGACCAAGUUAAAAAUUAGAGUUUGGAACGCAGCGAUCAGGUUUGAACUAAUGAAUUGACAAUGCUUCUACUGUGUUAAGGUGGCGAAUCCGCACUCCAUUUGAAAUUUUUGUAUAUGACUUUGUAUUUACGCAAACUGAUUGCUAAUUGAUUGAAUAGUUUUAAUAUGAUUGUAAACGAUAUCGGGUGCGAGCUUACAGUAAAAUCAUCUUCUGGACAUGGACAUGCACGGCUAACAACAACAGUCCUUCUUAACCAUUUUGUCCUCAAA